AUGAGCUCGAUCCGGCGAGGGCCAGCCCAGAUCCGAGUGCCCAUCACCAGAUCCAGCGAGGAGAAGCCUGAUCCGGCGAGGCCGAGCCUGGAUCUGGCAAGCGGAUCGUGGUUGGAAGGAAAGAUCGUGGUUGGAAGGAAAGGAUCAGAGCUUCUGACCAAUGAUGCUGGUGAAAUCACAAGGCAAGAAAUAUUGCUUGCCCUGCCUGUGGCCUGUGGGUAUGUUGAACCGGACAGUCAGAAUGUUAGAAGCAGGGAUAAAGCCCGUGUAAGCUUCUUGCAUUCCUGUGGUCCUUGUCAACUAUUUGCAGUUAGCUUACUUUUGCUGACUGUGCUGAGCUUUUAUGCUAGAUUUGUUUUUGAUGGUGAGCCACCUGAAAUGAAGAAAAAGGAGCUUGCAAAAAGGUCCUUGAAGAGGGAUGAUGCUACCCAAGAUCUUAACAGAGCUAUGGAGAUUGGGGAUGAGGAUGCAAUUGAAAAAUUUAGUAAAAGAACUGUCAAGGUUACAAGAAAACACAAUGAUGACUGCAAGAGGCUGUUAAGAUUGAUGGGCGUCCCUGUAGUUGAGGCAUCAUUAUUGCUUUUGUCCAUCUCAAUGCAAGCAUGGUACCUGGUCUUUGUGAUCUCGUACUGUUAUAGAAUCAUAGGUAAUAAGGCACCAGGGGAGGCUGAAGCACAGUGUGCAGCACUUUGUGAAAAUCACCAGGUUUAUGCUGUAGCUUCAGAGGACAUGGACUCACUGACUUUUGGUGCCCGAAGGUUUCUUCGUCACUUAAUUGACCUUGGUUAUAAGAAAUCUCCUGUGACAGAAUUUGAUGUGUCAAAGGUUUUGGAAGAACUUGGACUCACGAUGGAUCAGUUCAUUGUUGUUUAG